UCCCCCCUACAGGAAAGCCCAGCUCCUAAGCCUAAAGCGGAGAAAUCGGAGAAAGAGAGAAGAUCAUCAUGGGGUCUUCCGCUCAGCCUUGCUCGAUCCUCAGGUCGACCAGACUCCGCGGCACGCCUCUCGAAGGACAGCACGCCGGUGCCAGCUCCCGAGCGGUCGCGAACUCAGCCUGAUAUGAUUCUAGAUCGUUCUUCGACUGCACCACAACUCCCGCCUCUCACUCCUGAUCACUCGCUUGGAUCAAUGGGUGGAGCCCUUCCUGUCACUGUCUUGCCUCAUAACGAUGAGCCCUCAUCAUCGGAACAGGUACUUGAUGUUGAUGGUGAUGAUGCUGCUGCUAAGGAGGAAAGUAGAGACACACUUGGUGUCCCUGCUCCAAUUGGUAAGUACCAACCAAGCUGGGAUCCAUUCGACGCGACCCCCAUCGCUGAGGAAGAGGGAUUUCAAUAUGAAGAACGGCCAAUGGCAUCGCGUCAAUUGUCUUCGGAGUCUGGACCACCGCGAGCGUCAUUGAACGUUCCUCGUGAAAGCAUUUCGAAGAGUGAUCGAUCGAACAGUAGUGAUGCACACUUCUUUGAUGCUCCUGAAGAGCAAGGUGAUCCCACAAGCGACUGGGUCAUAGUACCGGACAAAGAUGCGGUUGCAGCAGAACAGACGGAAACGGAAGUAGAGGUGAAGCCUGAAGUUGGAUCGGAGUCACAGACAAGCUUGGAUGCACCUGUGACAAGCAUCUUGAAUCGACCUCGAGGGAGCUCAUAUGGUGUUCCAUCACCGCCUCCUUCAGCUCCAGCCGCAACUUUCUCCACCGACCCACCGCCAGCUGUAGCUCCUGCUUCGAUUUCACCGCCUGCACAACAGACACCUCCGACCCAGGUUCAGACCACGCCGUCAUCCACCAUUCCUCUGGCUCUUGCCACGGCUCCCGUUCAGCCUCCACCCCCUGCAGCUCCAACAGCACAACCCGAACAACAGGCGCCCGGUAUCCUUCCGCCCAUUCGUCGUACUUCAACAUUUGGCCUUUCACUUGGGAAACGACAGGCAAAACCACGAUUUCCGAUUGAGGACGAUGAAGAGGAUGAACCUAAACCAGCGCCACAACAGGAAGCUUCUGGACACCACGGGGCCGAGAUUGCGGCAGCGGUUGGGAUUGGGGCUUUUGCACAGCAUAAGCCGAAGGAAGCUGAAGGACAAGGCCCUACGCCAUCAGAACCUCCAACCAACAUCCCAACGCAGCCGUCUCAGCCGCCUACGAGUGCGAUGAAGUCAAAUAUUGAGACUCAAUCCCAACCCUCUCGACCAGAGCAGUCUCCUGUGGCAAAGUCUCCUCGUCACGUGGUGCCGCCCAUUGACACAACUGUACAACACCAAACUCCAGUCUCACAGCAGUCUGUGUCGAUGCGGCCACCGCUCGUGCAAGCUGGCUCUUCGGAGUAUAAUUCACCAUCUACUAAACCAACACUUGUUCAGGCAGGCUUGUUUGAGUACAGUCACCGUGCAAUGACAUCGAUUCCACAACCACAGCAACCGCCGCAACAACAACCACCGCCCAGAUUUGGUCCCCCACGGCAGGGAGAGGUAGCAUUCAGGCCUCAAAAUGUUGAAUCAUCACACGUGGAAUGGAAGCCAAAUCGAACCAAGGCAGCGCCUGCACUUGCGCAAGUCCCUUCUUCACCUUCGGCCUGGAAAGAGCAAGACAUGGGGCCGCCACCACGAAGCUCUGGGGAUCAACAGAACCACCGACGCCAAGGCUCUUAUGAUGCUCAACGGACGCGUGGGUAUUCCGGAUCAAGCCAAAGCUACGGGAAGAGCAUGGAAGAUUACGGUGACAAGACUCCUCAUGCUGCAUCACCAAUACAACAGAAACCAUUCGAGCAACCUCCUUCUGCAGCACAGAGAUACCCUGAUCUCUUUAGACCAGAGAAUCAUGGGCCAAAUCUUCCUCGCGACAGUGAUGAUCUGCCAGCUCAUUACUAUCAAGAGCCCCUUGGUCGCGCUGCAUUCCUUCCGAGGCACCAGACAAACGAAUAUCAAUUGCCAGGAGUUGGCCCACCAGAAGAUAACGUCCCCACUCCUACCAAACGCGGUUCUGGCAUCUUCAGAGAAAUUGGUGGAAGACUGUCCCGAGGCUCAUCUCGAGAGCGAGGCCACGAGCGGGGCGGAUCAUUCUCUCGAGAAGUAGCCCAGCCAUCUCCUCCACGGCCUUCUGAAUCCCGCGCUACUGAAUAUGCUGAGUCUGAAAUUUCCGAGGCAGCUGUGGACCAGAAGAAACGUCGAUCGGCCUUCUUCUCGGGCUUAAAACGCACUUCGACGAGUGGUCUCGGGGCUCCAGUUAGUCAGGAGAGUGUGAUUGCGCAUCCUCCCAGCUCUCAAAUGACCUCUCGUAGCGAUCUCCUAGCGACUGCUCAACAAUCGCCAGUCACCGAACAUGAGAGGAAACGAUCAAUAUUUGGAAGUCACUCGGCCGAGCCGAGAGUCAAGCCCAACAAGCUGGUUAGAGUUUCCACAGGAAAUUCCGGGGGGAAUUUUGCACCCAAUUCCGCACCAGUGGAAGAGUCUAAGAAGAAGCAACGAUUCUCAGGCUUGAGCGGAAAGAUUUUCGGAAAGCCCAGUCCGUCAGCCAAAGAACCUAUUCAAGAGCGGCCCCAAGCUACAAGAAAGUUAUCAUAUGCUGACCGUCAACCGCUUGAGUCGCCUGGCUUUUCCCCUGGUAUGCAUAUGCAGGCCCCAAUGCAGGCCCAGACUCCGCCUCCAGUCUACGCACCGCCAAGUCAAUCGCGAACGAUCAUGUCUAGGUUCAACAGCAGUAGCCCAUCGCCAAGUUCUCGUCAAGAGGCCAAGCGACAAGAGUCCAAGGCUCGAAAACCGUCUGCAUCUGGAAUACUGGGUGGUCUUAUGGGACGUCGGCCGCAACAGCAAGAGAGAAUAGGAAGUGAUAGUUCUCGGUCCGGUGGCGGCAGCCAGUCGAACUUGGCACCUCAUACUCUACCUGCUGCCCAGACCUAUAGUGACUUGCAGCAGCAGGAGCAACAACAACAACAACAACAACAACAACAACAGACGCCGCCUCCGCAAGCGUUUCCUCGGCAGCCUACAAAGCAGAAGCAGACCAGAGAAAUACCGUUUCAAGACCCGUCCAUUCCAACUCCAGAUCGCGGUCGUCGUGCUAGCCGAGAACCUCAAUAUGAUCAAGUGCCCAUCCCAGGCGGAUACGACAUAGUUCGUGGCCAGGGUGCUAUGGUUGCGCCUUCGGGACACGAUCCACGUGGUUACAAUGUACAGCAAGUUGAUCCUCGCUAUGCUCAACCUCGUGCCCAGGGCUUCUACAAUCAGCCCCAAGGCUUCCCACAACAAAACGGACAUCAAUAUCAAGGUGGCCCACAGCGACAGGGCGAACCGGUCAGACAACCACAACCAAAGCUAAACUUAAGCUCCCUUGAAACAUACAACUCUGCACCGCGCCGCAUUAGCCGCGAAGACCCGGGUGCUCGCUCGCCUCCAAAAUCCGCGGAGAGGCAACAAAGGCCAUACCAACUGUCCCUUCCAGACGAAGAUGUUGACGACCGCCCCGCGCCAGUCGCCAAAGACCUCCCCAUCUUCCCCACCCCGCCACCAGCACUAAAACACGACGCCAUUCAGCGCCUGCAGCAACCUACUCUCCGACACCCCGAAUCCCCAGCCGGCUACCCGUUACCAGAUGACACAGUCUUCUCCCCCAUUAAUCCUAUGGCAUCACAGAUCCCCGCGCCUCCCGCCCCAAGAUGGCCAGGUCCGCAAUCUCCUUCGCACUCUCAACAGAACCACGACACGGGAAUGCGGCACGAGCGAGGUACUUCCCUGACUCAAUCGCUGUCAACAAUGGACAUAGACCUCGAUCGCUCAAAUACACGACGCACUGCCGUUUCUGCGGUAUCGGGCAUCUCAGACCCACAGAAUCCAAUGUCCAUCCAGUCAGCUCGCGGCUCGCUCAACGUUCCCGGGCGAAACGGCCACUCUCUCGCCGAAGGGGAAAAUGGAGGAGGCAUCGACAGAAACAUGAGCGUCCUGCGCAGUUCUCCUUCUCCACCAAGCCCAAUGGGCAGUCGGGAGGUAAGCCCAGAGCCGGACCAACGAUCUCCUUCGCCGGGAGACGAGAUCAAGACGACGCAACUUCAUGUUAGGAAUCCGAGCGGAAAUGAGGAUCUUUAUUCCGCGAGCCCGAGACUGCCGAAGAAUGUGGAGCGUUUCCCAUCCAGUGCUACGGAGUCGAGCGAGCGGGGUCCCGAGCGUGUGGCUUCUGUUAAGGAAGAAGCCACGAACACGGUUAGGAGUAUGGAGAGUGCGAGGAGUCAGGUUGUGAGCUCUAGGGGAGUGGAUACGAUGCGUUCUGAUACCAUGGGCUCUGAUGGCUUGGGUAUCCAGCAAGGCCCGCCCUCGCAAGUUGUGGGUCUGGGAAGGGGACAGGGAAGUGUGGUCAGGAGAGAGGUGUUGAGACAGGCGCAAGGAGAGAAAAUCCCUAUUGGCGAGGACGGCGAGGAGAUUGAUGUGCCGCUUGAUGAGAAUGCGCCGCCGAGCAUGAGUGCUACGUCCUAUCCGGGGCAGGAGUGGUGAGCCUUUCUAUACACUUAGUUUCUUUGUUUUUGACCUUUUACUGAUCUU